CCGAGGCGGCGCGGUGCGUGUUUCCUGCCGGCGGCCGUUCGGAGCGGUUUCCGGGCGGCGCUGGGAGUCGCGGGGCGGAGGUGGAGGCGCUGCACGCGCACGUGGGCCGGGCUCCCGGCGGUGCAGCGCGAGCGAGCAAAAUGGCUGUUGCUUUCGAAGCGUGAUUGAUUUCUGAUGACAGAAUGGCUAAAAUAAAGACCAAAGAGUCAAAAGCUUCAACAAGCAUCCCCACCGUUAAACCUGAGACUCAGAAAAAACAGCACAGGAAGAACAAGAAAAAAAUAUUGUGGAAAAACAAAGUCAAGCAGAUCGGAAAGAAAAAACAAAAGGACACCAGCGUUGUGGGAGUGCUGCCCCCAAAAGCUCCGCAGGAGUUCUCCUCUAACUGGAAGACCCUGCAAGAGCUGCUGAAACAAAAGGCCACCAGCUUGGAUAAGUCCCUUCCUGUAUCCCAAACAUAUUCCAAGAAGCACACAACCAAAAAGGAAAACGUCAAAGGAAUUCCAGCUAUAAAUGGAAGUGGGAAUAUGGGAACAUUCAAAUCUGUAAACAAGAUGGACAGUGAUCCUGCCAAAGUUUGUGUUCCUUUGGCUAUCCCGAAAUCGGAGAGAACUGCACCUGACAAGACUUCGAGAGAUGGCAAGGGAAACAGAAAGGAGCACAAAAGAAAAAAUGGCAAUAUUGAGAAGAAACAAGGUGACAUAAAACAUAAGAGGAGGAAAGCGGAAGAGCACACGGAGCAGCCGCUGGCAGAGGCUGACAUCUGGUUUGAUGGUGUAGAUCCAGAGGAUAUUGAAGCAGCAAUAGGACCUGAAGCAGCAAAAGUUGCUAGAAGAAAUAUGGGACUUGAAGGCAAAUCACAACUGUCUAUGGAACAGGUGCUGGUUAAAGAAAAGGCUUUUGCGGGGCUGACAAAAGCUGUAGCCAUGGACUGUGAGAUGGUGGGAGUGGGGCCCGAGGGUGAAGACAGCAUCCUGGCUCGUGUAUCCAUUGUGAACCAAUUUGGAAAGUGUAUUUAUGACAAAUAUGUCAAGCCUACAGAAAAAGUGACCGAUUACAGGACAGCUGUUAGCGGCAUACGGCCCAAGGACAUAAAGAAAGGAGCGGAGUUUAAAAAUGUUCAGAAGGAGGUGGCUGACAUCUUGAAAGGAAGGAUUUUAGUUGGGCAUGCUGUCCACAAUGACUUAAAGAUCCUGUUUCUUGAUCAUCCUAAAAAGAAAAUUCGGGACACACAAAGAUACAAACCUUUCAGAAAGGAAGUCAAAAGUGGACGUCCAUCUCUAAAACUGCUUUGUGAGAAACUGCUGAAUGUGAAAGUGCAGACAUCGGAGCACUGUUCAAUUCAGGAUGCGCAGGCAGCUAUGAGACUAUACACACUAGUGAAAAAGCAGUGGGAAGCAGCUAUCAAAGCCAAACCUAAACUGUAGAAAAAUAAAUUCUAAAAUGUCAA